AUGACACCACUGGUAAGCAAGAAGAUGGACCAAUUUCUGGGCACACAGAAUCUUCUCAUCCUUUGCAAGAUGCUCCUCAGGAGAACCGGCCUGUCAGCAAUGAAGACCGAGAAAUGUCGCAACACGCCCUUCCAAGUGGUGAAGAUGAAGAAGACGACAGCGACAGUGACAGCGAUGACGAUGACGUGAAAGUUACUAUUGGCAACAUUAAAACGGGAGCGCCGUCGUACAUGGGAACUCCUAUGAAUCUAAACUUAAAAACGGGUAGAGGCUAUGGAGCAUCUGCUUCAGCCAAGUUGCAGCCCAAAGGUAUUGACUUAGAUGCCGCAGGGAAUAUAAAUGGAUUGCCAGUUAUAGAAGUGGAUUUAGAUUCAUUUGAAGACAAACCGUGGAGGAAACCAGGUGCUGAUCUUUCCGAUUACUUUAACUAUGGAUUCAAUGAAGAAACAUGGAAAGCUUAUUGUGAGAAGCAGCGACGGCUCCAGCUUGGACUGGAUCCUGCUCCUCCCAUCAGCACAGAGAAUAAGAUCACGGUUCAGCAAGGACGAACAGGAAAUGCCGAAAAAGAAGUGGAAAACAACAUCAUCAAAACAGAAUUCAAAACCGACUUCUUGGCUCUGGUGGGAGGACGCAUGAAGGCUGGGCCUCCUCCUAAUAGGAAGCUGGGUGGGACAAUUGAUGUGAUCGGUGGCCAGGCAGGCACGAUUAGGAGAGUAGAGGGAAGACGACGUGAUAAGCAUGCCUCUGAGGAAAACCCAAUUCAGGUCCUUGGAGACCACGGCAGUAAGCCACAACCCCCACAGCAGCCCCAGCAGCCGUCACAGCCCCAGCAGCCACCCCAGCAGCAGCCGUUCGCACCACCAGCAGGCCCACCGCCGCCCCCGCUCGCUGGGCCACCUCCGCCACACUUCCUCCACCCUCCUCCACCAGUUACUUCUGUUCCACCUCCUCUGCAUCCUCCAGGUCUUCCGCCGCCUGGCCCCAUUCCAGGGUUGUUCCCGCCUCCUCUGGCACCGCCACCAGCUCUCCUCAUUCCAACCUUGGAUGGGCAGCCAGCCAGCUACAACAACAGGCAGCCUCCUCCCUUUGGCUACAAUUCUGCAGAUUCAGGUUUCAUCAGCUACCCCCCCAUUUCCACGUCCCACACGCCCUGGGUGACCACGGUGGACAAAGGCACAAGCAGUUCCAGCAGCAGCCAUUGGGAGUACUCAGGCUCCAGGCGUGAGAGGGAGCGGGAACGGGAGCGGGAACGGGAACGGGAGAGAGACCGAGACCGCACUCCCACCACGAGCGAAUACAACAAUGAUGAUGAACGAUACCGCUACUACAGCCGGGAGCGCAGCUACGACUUUGAGCGCGACUACCGCCGGAGUCGAGAUCGCAGCAGGGAGCGAGAGGAUCGUCACCGGGAGCGCAGGCACAGGGACAAAGAGGAGAGCAGCAAGCAUAAAUCUUCGAGACGGUAA